AUGUGUGGAAUCGCCCUGAUUGUCUCUGGAAUUCGCAUCGAUUUGUCAUCAUCCAUCCUUCUCCAAUCUCCUAAUCCUGAGCCAUUAGUGGCGGUUUCCGUUGACGAUCUUAAAGCAGCUCUGCGGAGACGAGGACCUGACAGUUUGGGUAGCAAGAAGGUUAUACUUCAGUAUAAUAAAAAUCUGAGCUCUGUUGAGGACCGAGGAUUGGUGUCUGUAGUAAUUGAGGAUGGCGAAGUAGAAAACGGCGAAUCGUUUUUGCUGAAUUUUUCCAAUAGAAAAGCUGGUAAUUACACUCAAGUAGGGAAUUCUGUUGGCGACCUGCUAUUUAUUGGCGCCGCAUUGCAGUUGAGGGGACUGAAUUCUAUAAUUCAGCCAUUUGUUGACUCAUCCGGGAAUGUACUAAUUUAUAAUGGGGAAAUAUUUGGAGGAAUUCAUGUGGAUAGUGACAUGAAUGACGGUGAAGUUCUUUUGCAAACUCUAGGCAAGUGCUGCUCUUGUGGUUCCAAUGGACAUGCAGGCGCGUGCUCUGUUGCUGGACAAGGGUGUAGUUCUGUUCCAGAUGUUCUUUCAACUAUCAAGGGGCCAUGGGCUAUUAUCUAUUGGCAGGAGAGUUCAAGAACCUUGUGGUUUGGUCGGGAUGCAUUUGGCAGGCGGAGCCUGCUUGUUCAUUGGCCUACUGUGAAGGAUUCUCGGUUUUUGCUAUCUUCUGUAUCCCCAUUUUCUUCUGUCGAUCGGAGUUCUGAUUUUGAAGUUGAAAAUGGAACCAACCACAAUUUUUGGGAGGAGCUCUCAUGUGGGAUGUACAGCUUAUCAAUGGAUGCUUCAAAGCUAGAUGGAUAUCUUGCUGGUGAAGUAAAAAAACAUGAAUGGGGUAAUGCCAUGCUGAUGGAAUUGAUUAAAUGGGAGAGAGUUUCUUUCGAUCCAAAACUUGAGGAGUUACAUGGUUCAAGCAAUGGGAUUCUAGUUGGGCAACAUCUCAUGUAUCCAGCUUCAUCGGACAUAAUGACUUUUGAAUCAGGUUAUAAUUCUACCAUGAUAUGGCCUUAUCAAACAAUGGUUUCAUUGCCUGCUCAUAAUGUGUUAGGUGCUCUAAGAAAAUCUGUGAUGCUGCGCACUUCACAACACAAAAUGGUUGAGGCUGCAAGAUGUUAUAGUAGACAAGAAGAACAUGUUCCAGUGGCAGUUUUGUUUUCUGGUGGGCUUGAUUCUAUGAUACUUGCUGCAUUGUUGGAUGAGUGUCUAGAUCCCAGCUAUGGGAUUGACUUACUUAAUGUGAGCUUUGAUGGUCAGUCUGCUCCUGAUAGAAUCUCCGCCAAGGCAGGAGUGAAGGAACUGGGAAGAAUUGCACCACUGAGAAGGUGGAAGCUUGUAGAGAUUGAUUCAGACUUGUCGAAAUUGACCUUGGAAAUGAAGCAUGUCAUGUCGCUUAUUAACCCUGCAAACACAUACAUGGACCUGAAUAUAGGAAUUGCUUUGUGGUUGGCUGCAAGUGGUGAUGGUUGGAUCUCUGAAGGAACUAGCAAUAACAGUGACGAGAAUCAACAACGCCUCAGGUACAAGUCCAAGGCCAGGAUUGUCCUAGUUGGUUCGGGUGCUGAUGAGCAGUGUGCUGGUUAUGGAAGGCAUAGAACGAAGUAUAGAUGUGGCGGUUGGCAUGGGCUUAAUGAGGAAAUGAAGUUGGAUAUGCAGAGAAUAUGGAAACGAAAUAUGGGGAGAGAUGACAGAUGUAUUGCUGAUAAUGGAAAGGAGGCUAGAUUUCCUUUCUUGGAUGAAGAUGUCAUUAGGGUGCUGCUUGACAUCCCUUUGUGGGAGGUUGCCAAGCUGGAUCAACCUAGUGGAACAGGUGAUAAGAAGAUCCUUAGAGAGGUGGCACAAAUGCUUGGUUUACAUGAGGCAGCUGUUCUCCCUAAAAGAGCAAUCCAGGUUUGGGUUACUUUGAGUUGCUUCUAUAUAAAGUCAGCUUUGCAUGCCUGA